UGCAUAAAUAUUUUAUGCACUGCAUACCUAAAAGCGAGUGCAAUGUAUCAUUUCGUUAUAAUAUUAUGCUUUAUCAAAAUGUCGGAAACUGCGUCGGAAUCAAAUAACCUCCGCAUUAUCGGCGGACACGAUAUAACGGAAGGGGAAUAUCCAUUCGUAGUUAUACUUCUUCUGAAGAUACUAACUUUUUAUUUCAGACUUUGCACAGCUUCAAUAAUAACUCACAAAUUCAUACUCUCAGCCGCUCACUGCUUUGAAACUGCUCAAGCGAAAAAUAUCUUCAUAUGGCGCGGUAACUUCACAUCAGAGCCGGUAAGAAGCGAGCUAGUUGGAGUUCGUAAACUGAUUAUUCAUCCGCGAUACUUUCUAUCGAGGGAUCGUGGUUUAAGGACGCGUAACGACAUAUGCCUGUUGCACGUUGAGGAGAUGUCGGGGGUUGACUACGGGAGACUGUUGGCCGUCGACCACUUGACAAUGAUCGGGCUACCAGUGAAGUACAUCGGUGGGGGAACCACGAGCAAGCCCGUGGGAGACAGUCUGAGACCUCUGCAAGUGGGAGAGGGCGCUAUCAAGCCGUGCGGCAAAGAAGAUGGGAAGCAGAUACAAUCGAUUUGUGUGAUGCCGAAAUGUUCCACGGUGGAACAUUCCCCCUGGCGUGGGGACUCUGGUGGUCCACUCGUGUUUGAAGGUAAAAUCGUGGGCGUAGCCUCGUACACGCGGAGAUAUCUGCCAAGAUCUGUGUUCACUGCCGUCAGCUCCUACUUAGAUUGGAUAAACGGUGAAUUGCGAAAAGUUGAAUGAGGAACAGAAGGAAAAAGUUUAAAGAUUGUAAUUGUUGUAUGCUGUAAGGAAGCAUAGAUAAAAGUCUUACUUGCAAUGUAUGGAAAAACAGAUAAUACGGAACCCCAUUACCGAGAAUCCGCUAUCAGUCCAACCGUCACCAGGCUGCAUCUAAUAAACCGUAAUAGCAAGACAGAUGAAAUUUUCUCAGAUCAAAUAUUAAUGCUGCUACUAUAUAAAUAAAUACUAAAAAUAAAAAUCGCAAUAAAAGCAAUGGCUAAAACUUGAUAUUAAUUUGAGGAUUCAUUUAUUUUUCAUCCAACCGCCUAGCUUAUAUUAGCGGAGAACAAUGUGUCGCAAGUUAGACUCACACUGAAGCGGUUUAUAAGCGUCACUUCACACAUCUCACCAAAACGUCGUCCCUGUAUACGUCUGUUAUUGUCUGACAUUAAUUAAAUGCUUUUGUUUCAUUUAUAUACAUACCUCUUCCAUCGGAUCAGGUACUCCGUCCUGUACCACCGGCACUAGUCCAAUACUUCUGCUAAUCCCACGGGAGUAUUUAAUGAGAUCGAAAUAAUAAUCCUACUAAUAUUAUAAACGCGAAAGUUUGUGUG